GACGGACGCCAUCAUGAAGCCGUAUAUCGACUAAUCUAUGAUAUCGGCGUCCUUUGUAAUUUUGCGGGCUUCGGUCGACUUGUGUCAAGUUGCUCGUUUUAUUGAAUUAUAGCUAGUUUCAGCUUAAAAUUGCAAAAAUGAAUGAUUCUGCUGAAGAGAAAGAUCGCUCCCGUGACAGAUCCCGCAGGAAUGAUCGGGAAAGGGGUAACCGUAAUAAUGAUAAUAGUAGGGAUCGCAGCGUUGAUAGAGGCAGGGAUCGAGGAAACAAAGGAGCAGGUCACAGGGUGUAUGUAUCUAAUAUUCCUUAUGAGUUUCGUUGGCAGGAUCUCAAAGAUUUAUUUAGAGUCGAAGUUGGCGAUGUACAAUUUGUUGAAUUAUUCGUUGACGAGAAAGAUAAAUCGAAGGGUUGUGGAAUUGUUGAGUUUGCUGAUAGUAGCUGUGUUAAGAAAUGUCUCGAAGUGAUGCAGCGAUUCGAAGUAAAGGGUCGUAAGUUGGUCAUUAAAGAGGAUUCUGGAAACGUCAGGGAUAAACAUGGAAAUAGUGUGAAACGUGGAUCUGGAGGUGGUAACAGAGACGAGGGAAGGUUCCACAGAGAAGAACGUUUAAAUUCUCACUCUUCUUCCUUUGGUAGUAGAUCGGCUACCAAUGAUACCUAUGGCUUGAGUCCGAGCUUUUUAGAAUCUCUGCGAAUUGAUCUUCCCCUUUGUAAUAGGGUGUUUGUGGCCAAUUUGGAAUACAAUGUCGACAAGAAGAAGCUGAAAGAAGUAUUCAGACUGGCAGGAAGGAUCCAAAAAGUGGAAUUGCACACCGACAAGGAUGGCAGAAGUAGAGGAUUCGCCGUCGUGGAAUACGACCAUCCGGUGGAAGCUGUCCAGGCCAUAUCGAUGUUGAACAAUCAAUUUUUGUACGAGAGGCAGAUGACAGUGCGAAUGGAUCGUGUAAACGACGGUACCAAACUACCCGAAGGGCUGAAAGGUAUCGGAAUGGGUCUUGGCAGUAACGGAGAACCCCUCAGGGAGGUGUCCCGUAACUUGCCAUCUUCGAACUCCCAGCAAUCCAACACCGGUUUGGGUUCCGGGAUCCUCGGAGCAGUACCCAACUCUGCUCUGCAAGUCGCUAACGCCUUAACCGGUUUGAACAACAUCAACCCCGCCGUGUUAUCGAACUUGGGGAGCAGCGGUAUGCUUCAGGCCGCCAACUUGGCAGGGGGGCUGUCCGGGAACCUUCUGGGUAGCGCUUUAGGUGGUGGGGAUCUAUCUCUGGCCAAUAGCCUGGUAUCGAACCCACUGGUACAAACGCCCAGUCAGUUGGCUGCCCUGACGAACAUGAACAGCUCCUCUGCCACAAGUUUGGGGUCGUUUGGACGAUCUGAUGCGGCGUUUGGUAGUGGAGGUAAUAUGGGCAACAGUAGGGCUUUCUCGUCCCAGUACGAUUCGGGGAAUAAGAAUUCAGGUUACGGAGGGUACGGUAAUGACAGGGACCACUCUUCUGCCUAUAAUAAACUCUCUGAUAAUUCCAACCUUAGGGGUGCUGUGAACGUGCCAAAGUCAACCAGUGGUUUCUCGAGGAAAAUAGUUGUAUCCAAUUUACCAACAAGCGCGAGCUACAAAAUGCUGCACGAUAAAUUCUCUGAAUUUGGAGAAGUUCAACAUUUUGAAGAAAAAAGUGCAGGAACUAUGCUUGUAAUGUAUGCCAAUGAGUGGCAAGCUGAGAGAGCUAUAAAAAAUUUAGACAGGGCAAGGAUAGAUGGAAGGACCAUUGAUGCCAGUUUUUACAUUUGAAGAUUUCAUUGAUGGAGUUCGACAAUUUCUUGUGUUAGAAUGUUGGUAUUUUUCUUUUUUAAAAUUGUGUUAAUAUUCUUGAUUUUCUACUAUUGCAGUGGAUGUAGUAAAAAUGGAAAAAAGUGUAAAUGUCAUAUGAAUGUUUAUUUCAUUCAUGAAUGGUUAUUAUUUUUUAGUUUUAAUCUGCAGAUUGUUUGGACAUUUUGUAAAAUAAAAGAUGAAUAAUUA